AUGGCGGAAGCGGAGGCCAAGAUGAAGCAGUUCAAUGGCGGCGGUGGGGCUGGGCUGGACGUGGAGCGCGGCCGCUUCCCGUACUGCGUGGUGUGGACGCCCAUCCCCGUGCUGACGUGGCUCUUCCUCAUCAUUGGCCAUAUGGGUAUCUGCACGUCGACGGGGGUCAUUCGGGACUUCGCGGGGCCGUAUUUUGUCUCAGAAGACAACAUGGCAUUUGGGAAGCCAGUGAAGUACUGGAAGCUGGAUCCUGUCAAAGUGUACUCCAGCAGCCCCAGUGCAUGGGACACAGCUGUGCAUGACGCCUCGGAGGAGUACAAACACCGAAUGCACAACCUUUGCUGUGAUAACUGCCAUUCUCACAUGGCUCUGGCCUUAAACUUGAGGAGAGGCGCAGAUUUGCGAAAUCCCUCUGCCCCGCUAGCCACAGAACCAGGCCGAACCAGCCUGUAA